AUGGGCAUGGUUUUUUUAGCUAGUUUGCCACUUACGGGGCUGAGGCGUAGUAUAAAUAUCUAUUAUAUGGAUAACGGCUCUAGGCGUCUGGGGGGUAUGUUACGAGAUAUAGAUAUAGUUAAUGCUACCCACAUGGAGUGGGCCCGCUUUUUAUGA